AAUUCCAUUUACUAAUAAAACUUUGUAGUAUUUGCAUUGUUAUAAGGUUAAAAUUACAAUAGCACUAUGGUUCUAUUAGGUGAAAUAUUUCCAGACUUUACGGCAGACACGCAGAUAGGCACGAUCAAGUUCCAUGAGUGGCUAGGCGACUCGUGGGCUAUUUUGUUUUCCCACCCUAAUGACUUCACACCAGUGUGCACAACUGAAUUAGCACGAGUUGCAAAAUUGAUGCCUGAAUUUAAGAGGUUGGGAGUGAAAGUCAUUGCACUCUCUUGCAAUUCCAUUGAUUCCCAUCGUAAAUGGAUAGAAGAUAUAAAAAGUUAUGGGGAGAUAACAGACAAAGAGUUUCCAUACCCGAUAAUAGAAGAUGAAGCCAGAAAACUAGCUACAUUGCUAGGAAUGUUGGAUCCUAUGGAGGUGGAUAGCCAAGGAUUACCAAUGUCAGCACGAGCAGUGUUUAUAAUUGAUCCCGCUAAAAAGAUGCGACUAUCAAUUUUAUAUCCAGCUACUACUGGACGAAAUUUCGAUGAAAUAAUAAGAGUAAUUGAAUCACUCCAGCUUACGGAGAAGUACAAAGUAGCAACUCCUGUGGAUUGGAAGAAAGGAGACGAUGUAAUGAUUCAGCCGAAUAUAUCGGAAAACGAAGCCAAAGCUUGCUACAACAAUAUAAAAACUGUGAUGUUGCCUUCUGGUAAAACGUACCUGCGAAUUGUGCCACAACCAAUCGAUACAUAAAAGGAUUCUUGUAUAUCUUCAAUGUGGUGUUGACUAAAGUCUAUGAGACAUAAAAUUUGAACCAUACUAAUUUGUAUUCGGGUUGACAGAGAAUUAAAUGUUCUCAUCCUUGGUAUUUGCAAACAACAAAAGAAGCUGUUUAUUGUUUCACCUAAUGUAAUUAAAAGUACAUUGCGUUAUAUACAUCUUAUUUUCCAAGUA